AUGGCUCCGCCGGCGUGGGUCAUCCUGGGCGCCGUCCCGCGCGUGUCGGAGCAGCAGGACGCGGACCUCUCCCUCGACCUCGCCGCGCCGCCGCGCGUCUCUGCCCUCACCGUGCCCCCGCGCGUGUCCCCCGUCCAGGCCGACCCCACCAGCGGCGCCUGCCCCUGGGUUGUCACCGCGGACCCUGCCUCCGGCCUCCUCCUCCUCUGCGCCCCGCCGCCCCCUCCCGCUCCCACUCCACCUCUCCCGCCGGCCUACCGCAACGGGAGGCUCGUCCUCAACAUCACCGACAUCGAGCGCCGGCCGCCUGCCUACUUCGUCUGCGACGUCGCCUCCGCCACCGCCUUCCGCCUCCCGCAACCCGGCCGCGACCCGAGGGGGCUAGGUUCGGAGAUCAAUGCGCUGAACCUCGGCGUCGUCGCUGCCCCAGGAGCCGGAGGUGGUGCGCUGCGCUACAUGGUCGUCGAGUUCCGCUACAUGUUCGCAGACAAGCACGCCACGCUCCUCUGCUUCUCGUCCGACACCGGCGAGUGGGUGUGGAAGCCGGUGCACAACCCCCUGGGGCACUGGAUUUGGGGCAGAGACGGCGUCGUCGCCCACGAUGGCAAACUCUGGUGGGUGGAUCUCGCCGGGGGGCUCAUCUUCUGCGACCCUUUCGCGGAUGCGCCGGUGCUGGACAUCGUCCCGCUCCCAGAAAGCGACUGCUAUCUGCCUGGUGCCUCGUGCGCCCACUGCGCCGGGAGACCGGCGGCCUACCGCCGGUUCGUGCAGGUGAGCGCUGGCAAGUUCCGGUGCGUGGAGUGGAGCUCUCGCAGCGACGACGAGGCACCCAUGACGGUCAGCAUGUGGACGCUGAAUGAUCCGGAGUCCAAGGAGUGGGUUCUCAAGUACUAUAAGGUGAGCUUUCAGGAGAUCUGGGCCGACGACAGCUACAAGGCUGCCGGCCGGACGGAGAAGAACCCCACGUUCGCGCUCGUCCACCCCAUGAAUCCGGAAGUGCUCUACUUCUUCCUGGAGGAGCACCUCUUCGGCGUGGACCUGCGCGCCAAGAGGGUUGUGGAGUGCGGCGUGUACGAGAUGGUGGUGCCACCGUCAGGGAAGCCCCCCAACUGUUUCUCCGUCCGCGCAUUGGAGCUGCCGAUCGCGCUUUCCGCAGGUUCGUAUUCUGAUGUUGGCAGUGGUCCCAACGGCGAAGAGGACGUCAUUUCUUUCCCGGGAGGAAUCGCUGAGUCUGCAGAUCGAGUUUGA